GGCUGGGAGGAGCCAGCAGCUCCGCUGCUGUAAACAGUGCGGGCACCGCCAGCGGUUGGGAGAUGGAUAUAAAUAGGGAGGCAGAGGGGAGGCAGCCGGAGCGGAGGAGCGGGAGCUGCCUGCGCCUGCCUGCCCCUGCCCUGCCGCCCCAGCCGGGGUGCCCAGCAGCCCGGGCCGGCAGUCCCGAGAGGCGGUGCGCAAAGUUUGCGGCUCGGCGCGGCCGGGGUAUCCACCCAAAGAAUUAAAAAUCCUGAAGAAUGGCUCUACUUACCUCUAAAUAUCUGGCUGAAUAUUUCAUUUUUCUUCUGUUUGUAAUCUCUUCUGUAAGCACAGCAGAAGCAGCUGUCACAUGCCCUGAUAACGAUCCUGAGUUGGAAAACUGGAACCCAGGUCACAAUGAGGAAAACCACGUUGAAAUCCGUAAUGGCAGGAAGCUCCUUCUCUCUUCUUCUGCGACUGUCCACUCUAUCCACAUCACGGACGGAGGAAAACUGGUCAUUAAAGAUGAUGUGCAGCCUAUCAUUUUGCGUACUAGACAUAUACUCAUUGAAAAUGAUGGAGAGUUGCAUAUUGGCAGUGAGAUGUGCCCUUACCAAAGCAAUGUGAUUAUCAUCUUAUAUGGGCGAGCGGAUGACGGCAGCCAGCCAAAUCCCUACUUUGGGCAGAAGUAUCUUGGAGUUAGUAAGGGUGGCACUCUUGAGAUCCACGGAAAGAAAAAGCUCUCCUGGACUUUCUUAAACAAGACUCUUCAUCCCGGUGGCCUGGAAGAAGGUGGAUACUAUUUUGAAAGGAGCUGGGGCCAUCGGGGCGUCAUUGUCCAUGUCAUUGACCCAAAGACGGGGGCAGUUGUCCAUUCAGAUCGGUUUGAUACUUACAGAGCAAAAGAGGAAAGCAUACGUCUUUCCCAGUACUUGGGCAGAGUUGUGAAUGGCAUGAUCCUGUCAGUUGCAGUGAACGAUGAAGGAUCUAGAAACUUGGAUGACUCGGCCAGGAAAGCAAUGACCAAACUGGGCAGCAAGCAUUUCCUCCACCUUGGGUUUAGGCACCCAUGGAGCUUUAUUACCGUUAAAGGAAAUCCCUCCUCUUCUGUUGAAGACCACAUUGAAUAUCAAGGUCACAAAGGGUCAGCUGCGGCCAAAGUAUUCAAACUAUUCAAAGCUGAGAAUGGGGAACACUUUAAUGUCUCUCUGACUAGCGAGUGGGUUCAAGAUGUAGAAUGGACAGAGUGGUUUGAGAAGCCUGAUAAAGCGAGAUCUAAGGACGUGGAGAAGCUUUCUGACUUCAAAGCUGCUCAUCCUGAUAAAAUCUGUAGGCAACCCAUUGACAUCCAGGCAAUGACGCUUGAUGGAGCUAAUUUAACAACUGAGGUUUUCUACAAGAGCGGCCACGAUUACAUGUUCCUGUGCCAUGGCAAGGACCAGACGGGCGAGGGCUGCCACAACUACAGAGUGCGGUUCCUCUGCGGCAGAGCCGUAAAACCAAAGCUUACGGUAACCAUUGACACCAAUGUGAACAGCACGGUUCUGAAUCUGGUGGAUGAUGUGAGCUCAUGGAAACCUGGAGACAGGCUGGUGGUUGCAAGCACUGACUACUCCAUGUACCAGGCGGAGGAGUUCGAGGUACUGCCGUGCAGAGCCUGCAGACCCACCCAGGUCAAGGUGGCAGGGAAAGCGGCAUACCUCCACAUUGGCGAAGUCAUUGACGGCGUUGACAUGCGGGCAGAAGUGGGGCUGCUGAGCCGCAACGUUGUGGUGAUGGGCGAGAUGGAAGGGCAGUGCUAUGAGUACAGCAGCAAGUUAUGCUCCUUCUUUGAUUUCGACACCUUUGGGGGACACAUCAAGAUUGGUCUUGACUUUAAGGCUACCCACAUUGAAGGUCUAGAACUGAAAUAUAUGGGCCAGCAGACAAUGGGGCAUUACCCAAUUCAUUUCCAUAUGGCUGGAGAUGUGGAUGAGAAAGGAGGCUACAACCCUCCAACGUACGUGAAGGAUGUCUCCAUUCACCAUACCUUCUCCCGUUGUGUCACAGUCCAUGGAUCCAACGGUUUGCUGGUGAAGGAUGCUGUGGGUUACGAUGCACUGGGACAUUGCUUCUUUACGGAGGAUGGACCAGAAGAGCGUAACACAUUUGAUCACUGCCUUGGACUGCUUGUUAAACCCAGCACUCUGCUCCCCUCAGACCGAGACAGCAGGAUGUGCAAGCUGAUCACAGAGGGUGCUUACCCGGGGUACAUCCCGAAACCCAGGCAGGACUGUAGUGCCGUAUCCACCUUCUGGAUAGCCAACCCACACAACAACCUUAUAAACUGUGCAGCUGCAGGAUCUGAAGAAACAGGCUUUUGGUUUGUUCUGCACCACGUGCCGACAGGGCCCUCAGCGGGCAUGUAUUCCCCUGGCUACUCGGAGCACAUGCCGAUGGGGAAAUUCUCCAACAACCGCGCACAUUCCAACUACCGGGCUGGAAUGAUCAUUGAUAAUGGCGUUAAAACCACUCCAGCUUCUGCCAAGGACAAAAGACCUAUCCUGACACUGAUUUCUGGGAGAUACAGCCCACACAAAGAUGCUGACCCUUUGAAGCCCAGGGAACCUGCAAUAAUUGAACGCUUUAUUGCCUACAAGAAUCAGGAUCACGGGGCCUGGCUGCGGGGUGGAGAUGUGUGGCUGGACAACUGCCAGUUUGCUGACAACGGCAUUGGCCUGACCUUGGCAAGUGGUGGGACAUUCCCUCAUGAUGAUGGCUCAAAGCAAGAAAUCAAGAACAGCUUGUUCGUUGGGGAGAGUGGAAACCUGGGCACUGAGACGAUGGACAACGAGAUCUGGGGACCUGGAGGUCUGGAUCACAGAGGAAGGACCCUGCCCAUCGGCCCGGAUUUUCCCAUUCGAGGGAUUCAGUUCUACGAUGGACCGAUCAACGUCCAGAACUGCACCUUCCGCAAGUUCGCUGCCCUGGUCGGCCGGCACACAAGCGCUCUGGCCUUCCGGCUCAACAACGCCUGGCAGAGCUGCCCCAACAACAAUGUCACCGACAUUCAUUUUGAAGAUGUCCCUAUUACCUCAAGGGUCUUCUUUGGAGAACCUGGCCCCUGGUUCAAUGGUCUGGAUAUGGAUGGUGAUAAAACAUCAGUUUUUCAUGAUGUAGAUGGUUCUGUGUCAGAAUAUCCAGGCUCAUACCUGAUAAAAGAAGAUAACUGGUUAAUCAAGCACCCUGACUGCAUUGACGUGCCCGACUGGAGAGGUUCCAUCUGCAGCGGUCACUUUGCACAGAUAUACAUCCAAGCCUACAAGCCAGCCAACCUGAAAAUGAAAAUAAUAAAAAAUGACUACCACAAUCACCCACUCUACUUGGAAGGCGCUUUGAGCAAAAGCACUCAUUACCAGCAGUAUCAGCCAGUCAUAACUCUGAGGAAAGGCUACACCAUCCACUGGGACAAGACAGCCCCCGAAGAGCUCGCCAUAUGGCUCAUCAACUUCAACAAGAACGACUGGAUCCAAGUAGGGUUUUGCUAUCCUAAAGGGACGACAUUUUCCAUUCUCUCAGACAUCCACAAUCGUCUCUUGAAGAAAACGUACAAAACUGGAACCUUCUACAGAACUUCUCAAAUGGAGAAACUGGAGCACAGAUACCCUAGUAAAGGAUACUACUACUGGGAUGAGGACACUGGGCUGCUGUUUCUGAAACUCAAAGCUCAAAAUGAAAAGGAGAAGUUUGCUUUCUGCUCUGUCAAGGGCUGUGAACGAAUAAGAAUCAAAGCCGUGAUCCCAAAGACGGCUGGCGCCAGCGACUGUGAAGCCAUGGCCUAUCCCAAGUACAUUGAGACACCGAUAGUAGAAGUGCCCAUGCCUAAGAAGCUUUCCAGUGCACAACUGAAGACUAAGGACCACCUACUAGAAGUGAAAAUAGAAACUUAUAAGAAACAGUACUUCCACCUAAAGGAUGAUUUUGCAUACAUUGAGGUUGACGGCGUCAGGUUUUUCCUUACCGAUGAGGGUAUCCAACUGGUUGUGAUUGAUGGACAUCAUGGAAAAGUCGUUGAUCGAGUAACAUUCAAAAACUCAAUUCUACAAGGAAUCCCAGCACAGUUAGAAAAUUACAUCAGCAACAUCAAAGACCACUCCAUAGUGCUGGUGACAUCUAAAGGAAGAUUCAUUUCAAGAGGACCAUGGACUAAAGUACUGGAGAAACUUGGAGCAGAGGACGGGUUUAGGUUAAAAGAAAAAAUGGCUUUUGUGGGCUUCAAAGGCAGCUUCCGCCCUGUCUGGGUGAAGCUGGUCACUAAUGAGGACUCAGCUAAAAUCUAUCAAGCACUGCCGAUUCCUGUGGUGAAGAAAAUGAAAUUAUGAGGACACACUGCUUUGCCUCCUGGCUGCCAGCACUGCCCCCGUGGGACGGACUACUGACUGCUCACCGCAGGCGCCUCGCCAGCCUGCUCCAGAGGUGUAGCAUUUUGUUGUUGUUGUUGCUGUUCACAAAGAUAUCUCACUGUAAGUAGCUAGAGUGGCCACAUGUGACAGAAAAGCCUUCCUCUGUGAUCAGUGUAUGUUCUGUGAUCACCAGCUCCUCGCCGGCUGACUUGCCCACCGAUGCCGUGUUGACCCUUGUGUCACUAAGCAAGGUUUGACCUGUUUGACGAGCUGCUGGUUUUAUCAGCACCCCUGUGACAGGGCUGCCUCUCAAAAGGGGAGUUCUAGGGUUGAAGGCCAUCAAGGACUAUUGCUUUUACGAGCCUCUAAGUUGCCCAAACACCUUUUUUUUUCUUUUUCUUUUUCUUUUUUUUUUUCCAUAGUGUAAUGAGCUGCUCGCUUAAACAUGGAAUGCCAAUUCAAAGACUAGCUGAAAAUCUGAGAUAGAAAGAGGAUAUUUAAAUGAUUAGCUAGGUGCUGGGAAGUGUAACUGGACAAUAAGAAUUUAUCCUAAAGCUUCCCACCGCUGGAGAUAUUUAAAAGACGUGUAGAUGUGGCACUUAUGCACAUGGUUUAGUGGUGGACUUGGCAGUGUUAGGAUUAGGGUUGGACUUGGUAAUCUUAAAGGUUUUUUCCAACCUAAAUGAUUCUGUGUUUCUCUGAUGUUUGAUGAAGCUCUUUGGGAUCUGUGUUGUACACUCGAACUCAUGGCACAUAGUUGGGGAGGAGAUGAGAGAAGGAGAGGCUAAAACGUGUUAGUGGAGACUGAUGAAACCACAUUUUUCUGCUUGCUGAGAAAACUGCGUUUCUCCUAUGGAUCAAGGGUUUUAACAGUGGUUGCUCAGAUAAGUUUUCCUUCAACAAGCAGCUGUAGGCCAGAAGGAAAGCAAUGUUGAUUAGCACAUAUACAGCCUUUCCCAUACAGUCCCACCAUGUAAUAAUGUUCAGAGUCAGUCUGCAGGGUUUAUGGUAGCCAGUCAAAGCCAUCCUGUUCAAGGCUCCCAGUUUUUAACUGGGAAUACGGGGGCUUACGUUAUUCAGCCUCAAAUAGGGUGAGCGGUCCUUGCCUUUCCAGGGAGGUCAGAGGGAAUGGGAUCAGACUGCUCUGCUGUGUGCUGCUUUCUGAUCCUGUCCUCAGGCUUAAGGGCAUGAGUGUCUUGGUCCUCCUGGAAGAGUUACAUGACGUCUGGAUAGAAGGUGACACAGGUGAUACCAGGUAGCUGAAGAAUUAUAGUGGAAAUCCCCAUACAACUACUUGGAUGCCUUGUACCUCCUUUCCCCCAUCUUCAAAGCAAUAUCUGGGUGAUGAAGGCAGCUUAGCAUCAACCAGGACUCCUACAGGGGCUUCUCUUGAAGCUGGGAAGUUAAACAUUAUUGUAAAACAUCGUAAGCACUGCUAGUGCUCAGUAAUAUUUCUGCCUGUUGCUCAGAAAUGCCCUGAAGGUGUCUCUGGAGGCUGUGGCUAUGCUAAGGACACUAAGGGCAGGGGGAAGGGGUAAAUGAUAGGAUGACGAGCUCUUCAAAGUACAUAGAAUGCAAAUUUUGCCAAUAAUGUCUGCGUUUGUUUCCCCACUUUGUCUCUGCCUGUCCCCAUUACUACAGAAAUUAUUCUAGUUGCUGAUGGUUACUUCAUUUUACUUUCUUUUAAUUAAAGUUCAUGUCAUUAAGUUGCUUUUUUUCCAGAAUAUCCAAAGCUCUAUCUUGUAGCUGGAACAAAAGGGCAAGGAUUUUGUGUGCCAUUCCAAAGGCUGGGCAGGUGUUGCAGUCUAUAAGCCUGGUUUAGAUCAAUUGCUCUCAAAGUCGAAGCAACCAUGAGCAAAAUUUACAUAGUACUGUAGGUUACAUUCCCCCCAAGCCUCUCCUGGGUUUUGAAACUGGAAAUGUUCUUUUCAGUCUUGUUAUAUAGUUGUUUUGAACUUGCUGAAUGUCCUGUGUAUUGUAUUUAAAAAAAAAAGAAAAAAAAAGAAAAAAAAAAGAGCCGAGCUUUCCCUCCCUCGCUUCUUAACAAGAGUCUGGCAAUGAAUGCUCUUUAGGCAUUUGUGCCAUUUCCAGAAUGAAUGGGGAACACUUGUGAAAGGCAAGUGGGGUGGGUUGUUUUUACCCCCAGUGUCUUCUGAUGGUUUGGGGAUUUCAGAAACUAUUCCUUGAAACAGUCAGUCUCACUUGUGGUUCAACCAUGAUUAUCUAAACAUCAUUUAUCUGAUGUUCUCUGAUAGCCAAAACAGAGCCAGAUCCCUGGAGUCGAGCAAAUAGGCUAAAAAAAGAGUCUUGAGUACAUUCUACUACUACAUUCUGUAUUUCUUGAGUACAUUUGUCUGGGUUACCUAAACCUCUUCGUCAGCCUGAGGCAAGCCUGCUGAUACCAUUGCACGUGUCAGUGGGGCGCACUUGCCUCCGAGAGGUGGACCAAAGCAGGAGUAGGUCUUUCAUGAGCACUUAACCAAUGGUGGGCAGGAAAGCUGGGCUCGGGAUGUACCAGGUUUGGGAUGUGGUUUUGCAUGACGCCGGGGCAGGAGCUGCCCGCUGCAGUGUGCUGCUCCAGUGGGACAGUGGGACACCAGCGCACUCCCUCCUCCUGGAAAAGCCUGGAAGGACCGUGCCGGCUGGGCCUGUCACCUGCAGUGGUUUGUUCAGCUUCUAUAGCAUGCUGCCUUUGUGCGAAAGCGUGGCUUCUGAUUUUGCUAUUUUGGGAAUUCUCAGGGUGAAAUCAUAAGACUUGGCUCUAGGAAACGCUUUUUUCUUUCUUUCCUAAAACCUCUCAUCUUAUUAAGAGAAGAAGAUGUUGAAGUAGGUUGUUCUAUCAUGCAAAGCUUGUCACAUGGGGCUGGUUUUGGAGCGAGGGUCGGUCUCACGCUGUGAAUUCCGAGUACGGGAUCACUGCAGUCUGCAAGCCUGAGGGAUAACAGAGCAUCGCAGCAGCGUAACGGGACAGCCAAGCCUGUGAAAUGCAAAGGGCUCCCAUUGACCUUUAUGGGAUGGUCAGUGUGCUGCUCUGAAGGCAGAAUGAAGCCUAGUACCAUCACCAGUCAGCAACAGUUUUGUGCCAUAUGAUCACUUUUUUAAUCUUUGACCAUUCUAGAAAUUCCUCAUGCACAUUUUGACUAGUGACUUACCUGACCGCUUGUUCUUUGUACAUCCUGCACAGUCCCUGCACAAGCUGCAGUUACCCUCUUCGUAAGGUUUUAUUACUGCAAAUGUUUCCACGUUUGCCUAUACAACUGCCAUCGGUAGAGUGGGGGUUUUUGAUUGCAUUUUGUUUGUCUGUUUGUUUGUUUGGAUGUUUGGAUUUUUUUGCCUCUGUUCGAAUGCUUGUUUUACCUGUCGCCGAAACAGCUGGUCCUUUUUCGGAGUUAGAUGUUUGUACAUUUUCUUAUAGACUUUCCAAUGAAAAAAAAAAAAAGAUAUAUUUUCUAUUAAUUUAUUACAAUGGCACUAAGACAACUAAAUUGCAGACAUAUGAAGCAUUUUUACUGGAGUUUAGCGUUGUUGGGGUUGUUAAGGAGACUGGCGAUAUGUCUUUUCAGAUAAUCUGCUUUGCACUUGAAAGCUCUCUGUGUCCGCAGACCGUGGUAAUGCAUCGACUGGUUUAUGAUGACAAGAGCUCUUGGGACAUUGGUCCCAACAGAUUGUGGCUUACAACUGAGAUAACAUGUAGUUGUUUGGAGUACACAAUGUUUAUCGAAAUAAAUAUUCAAUGCAAAUUUCUUAUUUUA